AUGCACAUAUGCAACGGAGCUAUUUUGAACACCAACUACAUCCUAACUGCCUCGGAUUGCGUCAGAGACAAAUUACCAUCUGAUCUGAGGGUGCGAUUAGGCCAUACUGAGAAAUUCACUGGAGAUAUUGCGGGAGUUUGCCAAGUAAAAAUCCAUCCUCAGUCCAGCAAAACAAAGCAGGGCAGCAAUCUGGCCUUGUUGAAGCUCUGCGAACCUCUGGACCCCUCUGAAGAUAUCCAGAAAAUCCCCAUAUUCUACAAGCAGCCUAAAAACGGGGCUGAGGCGUUCAUCUCUGGAUACGGAUCCUAUAACAACUCGUAUUAUACUUGUCAACCCCAUAUUUUACGAAAGAAAUCUGUGCAACUGUACGAUCUAAGGGCGUGUGCCGCUAGGCGAAAAAUAUCCGCUCCGACCAUCAGCGUUACGGGUCUUAACAUUUGCGCCGAGAAGAAGCAGAGGUUAUGUUCCUUCAAUAAGGGUGCUCCAUUGGUCAUAGAUGGCAAGUUGGCGGGCAUUUUGUCGUUUGGGGAUUGUUCCAUUGAGCCCGAUGUUUUUGUCAAUGUGUUCUAUCACAUAAAAUGGUUGCAAGCCAAUACAAAGUAG